GUGAAUAUUUUUCUGUGAAACUGUCUAUCUGACUUGUAAAGUUUACUUAGCGCCGAAAUUAAAACUUUGACGCAAACUUUAAAAAAUAUGUAAAAAUGGCAGACGAGCUGCUCCCAGACAGUGCUACUCAAACACAAACGCAGAAUUCACAAAUUGACUGGAGUCAGCACAAUACACCGUCUUAUAUUCCUACUAUCUGGGGAAGAUUGUACUCUACAAAAAUUACUACAACAGGGAGGCACUGCUGGUCAAAUUCCCGACGUCCUGAAUAUUUCGAUCUCAUUCAACCAGAGUUUACUGUGGGCAGAGCCCUAACAUGCAGCUAUCCAGUGAAAAGAGAUGUUAUCAAGGAGUCCAUAAUCAAAAAUAUCAGCAAACAACAAUUUAGAAUCACAAGAGAUAUGUCUGAGCCUCUAUGUCCAGCUAUAAUAACUGAUUUGUCAUACAAUGGUACUUUUGUCAAUGGUGAACUAAUCGGCAAAGGAAAUUGCCGAGUAUUGGAUGACAAUGAUGAAAUAGCCAUCACUCAUGUAUUUGUCAAAAUUUUUAUUUUCAAAGACUUGUUGAAAAACGAGCAAGAUCAAGUUCCUAAAGAGAUAUCAAAGAAGUAUUAUAUCUCAAGGACAUUGGGCCAGGGUGCCUGUGGCUUAGUCAAACUCAUUUAUGACAAAGUUAAAUGUACAAAAUAUGCUAUGAAAAUAAUUAAGAAAAGCAGACUGACAAAUGGACAAAUAAACCAUUUGAAUGAUCCUGAAAAGAUCAUGAAUGAGAUUGCCAUUAUGAAAGCUGUACAGCAUCCAUGUAUAAUCUCAACAGAGGAAGUAUUUGACUCACGUGAUGCAGUCUACAUAGUCCUUGAACUGAUGCAGGGAGGGGAACUAUUUGACAGGAUCACUAAACAAGGACACUUGUCUGAACAGUUUACGAGGUUCCUAUUCAGACAGAUGGUGCUGGCUGUGAAAUACCUCCACUCUCAAGGCAUUACACACAGAGAUUUGAAGCCUGAAAAUGUACUACUUGAGAGCCAGGGGGAUGACACUCUAGUCAAAAUUACUGACUUUGGACUGAGCAAGUUUGUUGGAGAAGACAGUUUUAUGAAGACUAUGUGUGGAACACCACUGUACUUAGCUCCUGAGGUGCUAAAAGCCAAUGGACAGAGAAGCUAUGGACCAGAAGUUGAUGUUUGGAGCCUGGGAGUAAUUUUUUUCGUGUGCCUAGUCGGCUACCUUCCAUUCUCGGCAGAUUAUAACGACAUGUCUCUCAAAGAUCAAAUUCUGACAGGAAGGUACAGAUUCUCUCAAGCACACUGGCGUAAUAUAAGUUUGCAGGGCAAACUGCUAAUGAAGAGAAUGCUAACAGUACAAGUUGAUAGAAGGAUUACACUCAACCAAAUUCUGAAUCAUAGCUGGAUGCAGGACAAUGAUGUUAUCAUCAGAGUGGAGAAAUUACUUUCCCAUAAACAAGCAAUGGGAAUAGAUUUAGCCGUUUCAUCAUCUCAUGAAGAUGACGAGAAUGGCAAUUCUGAUACUUUCACUGUAAUGAGGUUGGUAGCAACAGCAAAGCGGCCUCUGAGCAACAGUUUCAGCUCAUGUGAACCUAUCCCGAAGAAACUAAGGAUUGGUCUAUCUGAAAAACAUGAUGACACAACUUCUACAACUAGCUGUUGCUCUGAUGAGUAAGUUUUGAUUAAAAUCUCUUGACAAUUUAAUAUAUUACUGGUUCUAAUAAUUCUAUUGUCAUUUUUAUACAAUAAUUAUGAAACAAAAUGUCUGACUGUACAUUCCAGCGCGCAAUUUGGAAGUACAAUUAAUGAAUGACGGGUAUUUUUGGUUUUAAAUACCAUUUUAUUUUGAAUAAUUGUUAUUUUAAUAAUAAAUGAUUACUUAUAAUUUUGUUCAGUAAGGACAUGUGAUAUUUUUUAAUGUUUCUCAAUUUUAAUUCGUCCAAUGUGACAUGCUUGUUAAGAUAUUGCUUGAUUUUAAAUAUGAAAGUGUUCAUAAAACUUAAACGACGGAUUCUGGAGAUAUGCAACCAAUUACUAUAUGCGCACAAUAUUUUCAUACCAUUUCAAUGUAGAUGCAUAUUCCUUCAAAAGUGCCAUAUUAAGCUUAAGUACUUAAAUAAGGACAAGUUUCAAAGUCUGCUGUUGAAGUAAACUAUAAAGUUACCAACUCAGUUGUAUUUGUGUUAAAAAUAAUAUUUCAUAGAUCUGCAAGUGGCUAAUAAUGUGUAAUUGAAAGUACCUCUUAUUAAACACCUGUUGCUGUUGAUUCCUAUAUAAUAAGUUUUAUCUGAAUGGUCAAUUAUUUUGUUAAGAACUUGAAUCCGCCUCGGAUACCACCGCUUAGUUUUAUAUCAUGUUAGUCUGUAAAAGAUAUUGUUGAUUGUUCAAAUGGUAAUUAGUUUUAUACUCAAUAAAACGAAUGUUAUCAAAAAUAA